AUGAUGAUGAUAAUGCGCAUCAAGACCGAGAGUUCGAACGUGGCAUUGCGCUCGAGCUUUGGUGGCUCGGGGACGGAAGGCUCCGCCGACGGCACGGGCACCGCCGCGAGCUUCAACCGCCCGUACGGCGUGGCGGUGUCGCCCGACGCCGGGACCGUCUACGUGGCGGAUACCUUCAACCACCGCAUCCGCAAGAUCGACACCUCCAACGGCGUCACCACCACGCUCGCAGGCUCGGGGACGAACACCUUCGCCGACGGCACGGGCACCGCCGCGAGCUUCAACUACCCGUCCGGCGUGGCGGUGUCGCCCGACGGCGGGACGCUCUACGUGGCGGAUUUCUACAACCAGCGCAUCCGCAAGAUCGACACCUCCGACGGCGACACCACCACGCUCGCAGGCUCGGGGACGUACGGCUUCGCCGACGGCACGGGCACCGCCGCGAGCUUCGCCGGCCCGACCGGCGUGGCGAUGUCGCCCAACGGCAUGACCGUCUACGUGGCGGAAGUUUUGAACAACCGCAUUCGUCAGGUGACAACAUGA